GUACAUUAAGCAACAAAUACAUAACAGGGAGCACAAGAGAAUAUUGUUUGGGGCAAGAUAACAAAAGCAGAAGAAUAAAGAGAAAUGACUAGAGGAGAUAUAAAUGAGAAAAGCUAAAUAGAAUGUAAGUCAAGAGGAGAGGAGAGCAUUGUGUCAGGAGAGAGAGGAGAAACAAUGAGAGAAAUAGAAGAAUAUUUCCAUGGAACAGGGUAAGACAGAGAAUGAUUUAAUGAUGGAUUCAGCUAAGACCAGUGUGAUCUAAUAGAUCUAAUCUGAUUGACCGCUCACUGCCUUGGAAACACCAAUAAACAUCAGGAUGGGGCACAUACAGCCUCAGAUUUGCCAACAUGGGUUUGUGGUUGUGUUCCUUCUCUUGUCCUUGCCUUGGAAGGGUGCUGACUGUCAACUGGAGGGUUACAGACUAAAUGCCCAGGAGUCAGUGUCAGUGGCAUCUGGUCUCUGUGUGGAAAUUCCCUGUACAUUUACCAUUUCUGCCAGUAGAAUUUUAUCUCCAAGAGUCACAGGGAUUUGGAGGAGAACAGACAUUAGUGACAUUGUUGCAGCCUCUACAGAUGCCUCUAAGGUUUCUGAGAGAACAAAAGGCAGAUUCACCUUGACUGGGAAAGUACAUGGAGGAGACUGUUCAUUCUCUAUCAGUAAUGCACAACCAGAGGAUCAAGGAGAUUAUGAAUUCCGAUUUGAAGAUGGAGACCUUAGAUUUUCCUAUAGCUGGUACCUGCUCAGUGUGACAGUGACAAAAGCUGGCAGUCAAACACCAAGUGAUACUCUAUGUGCCCAGCGGUCAGUGUCAGUGGAAUCUGGUCUGUGUGUGGAAAUUCCCUGUAGAUUUACCAUUUCUUCAUAUAGAACUUUAUCUCCAAGAGUCACAGGGAUGUGGAGGAGAACAGACAUUAGUGACAUUGUUGCAGCCUCUACAGAUGCCUCUAAGGUUUCUGACAGAACAAAAGGCAGAUUCACCUUGACUGGGAAAGUACAUGAAGGAGACUGUUCAUUCUCUAUCAGCAAUGCACAACCAGAGGAUCAAGGGAUCUAUGUAUUCCAAUUUGAAGACAGAGACAUUAAAUAUUCCUAUAGUUUAUACAAGCUGAGUGUGACAGUGACAAGAGCUGGCAGUCAAACACCAAGUGAUAUUCUAUGUGCCCAGCGGUCAGUGUCAGUGGCAUCUGGUCUGUGUGUGGAAAUUCCCUGUAGAUUUACCAUUUCUUCAUAUAGAACUUUAUCUCCAAGAGUCACAGGGAUGUGGAGGAGAACAGACAUUAGUGACAUUGUUGCCUCUACAGAUGCCUCUAAGGUUUCUCAGAGAACAAAAGGCAGAUUCACCUUGACUGGGAAAGUACAUGAAGGAGACUGUUCAUUCUCUAUCAGCAAAGCACAACCAGAGGAUCAAGGGAUCUAUGUAUUCCAAUUUGAAGACAGAUACUAUAAAUAUUCCUAUAGUUUAUACAAGCUGAGUGUGACAGUGACAAAUCUACCAGAACCGACUAUAUCCCCUGUGAGGAAUCUGAUCGCUGGGGAGCAAAUAACACUGACUUGUACGUCUCAUCCAGCACCUCAAGGGUGCAAGGGAAUGAUCACAUGGGAAGGAAUUAGAAACAUAGUGAACACAAAUAACUAUAAGGAGAAUAAUACGGCUGGUAAAGUCACCUCCACAUCAGAUCUCACUUUUACUCCAUCCCAGGGAGAUCACAAGAGCUCACUAACAUGUACAGUGACUUACAGUGGGGUCUCCACUAAGAAAACCAUCACCCUGGAUGUUGAGUAUACUCCAAGAAAACCAACAAUUUUGAACUGCACAUCAAAGGGUUGCCUGGUUGAAGUCAUAGAAGGAACCUCCCUGUCCCUGCUCUGCUCUGCUGAAAGUAACCCUCCUGCCAACCUGUCCUGGGCAAAACAGAACAGCGCCGACCCCCUAAAUUCCUCAAGUGGGAGAUUACAAGUUUCAAAUGUAUCAACUAAUAAUGAGGGAGAUUACAUGUGCCAGGCAAUGAAUAAACAUGGAAGUUUAACAACGUCAAUCAAAGUCACUAUUAUCUAUUCUCCAAGAAGACUAACUAUUAAUAACUGCACAACAAAUGAUUGCCUUAUGCAUGACAAUGCCGCUAUUGAAAUCUUAGAAGGAUAUUCCCUGUAUCUGCAGUGCGAUGCUGAUAGUAAGCCUCAGGCAAAUGUAUUUUGGGUGAAACUUAUGCAGAACGGCACAGUCACCCUAAUAUCAACCAAAGCGCAAUUGAAUGUGACCAAUGCAACAUCUGAAUAUGGGGGAAAAUAUAUGUGCCAGGCCACGAACAAAGUUGGAAAUGCAAGUAAAUCCAUCACUCUUAUUAUCACAUCUCUCAAAAAUGUCACGACCCAUCUUGAAGGAGUAAUGUUUGGUGGAAUUGUUGUCUCACUGCUUGUUGCCAUAGUCAUUACAGCAGUGUUGGUGAUUAAAUACAAGAAAACGAAAAAGCCACCGGAGCAGGUGGAGGAAAGGAUAAGUCCACCCCCAAAUACUUAUGAGGCUGUCUACUGUAAUAUCGAUAGAAGAACAUUUGAUAAGGAACCUAACAUGGGUCUCAGUUCUCCAAAUGAAUGUAAAAGCCCUGAUGAAGACCUGCAAUAUGUGACCCUUGAUAUCUCUAGGUCAAAACCAAUAAGGUCUCCAGAACCUCAAGAGACUAUAUAUGCAGAAGUUAAAUCGAUGUAAUACAAGGCAUGUGUAUUAAGGAAGAAGCUCAGCAGAGACAUUUUGCAUUCAAUCAUAGCAUGCUUUCUAAAUGUUAAUCACCAUCAUCUAAUAAUGAACAGUCUAGACUUUUGGAACAAUUUACCAUUACACUUGACAAGAAAAAGUGAAUCAAUAUUUGUAAUGCAUUAUAUCAGGCAGAAGACAAGACCCUGCAAAAUGGACUAUAUGGACAUGCCGUCACAAUAUCAGGAAUGUUCUGUUGAUGUUAUGUACUCUUUGAGCUUUGCAGUUUGUUAACACAAUAUAUACAGUGUCAGUGCCCUUCUCAUAUUAAGCACCACAGGGGGCAGAUUGCCAAUAUACAGGGUGAGGGCAUUUCCAAUGGAGAAUGGAUAAGACAAAAGUGACAGGAGAAAGCCAAAUGUAUUUUAGGAGUGUUUUAGGAAUAUCAGCACUGCUUGGGUUUCCUGCACAAUCGCAUCAUAACUAGAAUGUGCCUCUGCUCAGAUCAUUUACAGCCGGUGUUGAUUAGAAACAGACUGUUGUUCAUGGAAGAGAUAAUCAAGCAGAGAGAACACCAAAACAAACAAACAUGUGUCUGUAUUCUCCUGAAAGAGGAAUCAUAAUAACCACAAAAGAUUUACUUGAUACAGUACCUUUAGUUUGGAUCUACAAUCUUCUUGACUUUUGGAAGCUUUGUUAGCCUUUCUCUGGAGCAAGUUUUAGGGGAUAAAACCGGAACAAAGCCACGUGGAAUACUCAGAAACCCCAGUGCCAAUCGUCUGUCAGCUUGUGGGGCUAUGGUAUUCCUGUUUAUAAUGUUUAACUGGACAUAAUGGGGUAUGUCAAAGGUGUAUGGUGAAAUAAAAUUACUCAAUUAACUCAGUGGUGGUUAGGGUUAGCAGAAGAGGUAUAUGCCUAGGGUUCAAGAGGGUGGGGGAGGUAGAACAGGCAUGUACCUCAUCUACAUGACUAGACCCAGUUCAGCUCAUUUAUUUGCCUACUCCAAUUGUGGUGAUGCACCCUUUUGUUACCAUCAUGCACUUCGACCCUUGCACUCAGGGAUGGACUGGGCCAGCAGUACACCGGGUAAAAAUCCAGUGGGCCCAGGCCCUUUUGGGCCCCACCAGCCCAGACCCGCACCCGCCUAAGUUUUUCCUUGAUCACGUAACCCCCCCCCAGUCCCAAUAGUGGCUGAUUUACCUCAAUCAAUAAGCUUUUUACACUUUAGAGAUUUGUGGAAAAAAUAGAAAUUUGAUUGUUAAUAAAUCGGCUCCUUAGUCAAAAGA